GUGCCUCCGGGUCGGUCCCCGCCCGCGGCCUCGGUGCGAUGGAGGACACGGGAUCGCUCUUCCCGUCGUUGGUGGCCGCGGGGCACGCGGCGGCCCUGGCGCUCGCCUGGUACUGCCGGGGCCGCGCGGACCCCGGCCCGCAAGACGAACGCGAUCGCGUCCAGAAGAAAACCUUCACCAAAUGGGUCAACAAACACCUCCUGAAGGCGCAGCGCCACGUCCACGACCUCUACGAGGAUCUGCGCGAUGGCCACAACCUCAUUUCGCUGCUGGAGGUGCUGUCGGGCGACGCCCUGCCCCGGGAGCGCGACGUCCUGCGGACCCUGCGCUUGCCGCGCGAGAAGGGCCGCAUGCGCUUCCAUAAACUGCAGAACGUGCAGAUCGCCCUCAACUACCUGAAGCACCGGCAGGUGAAGUUGGUGAACAUCCGCAACGAUGACAUCGCCGAUGGGAACCCCAAACUGACGCUGGGGCUCAUCUGGACCAUCAUCCUCCACUUCCAGAUCUCGGACAUCCAGGUCUCGGGGCAGUCGGAGGACAUGACGGCCAAGGAGAAGCUGCUGCUGUGGUCGCAGCGCAUGGUGGAGGGUUACCAGGGGCUGCGCUGCGACAACUUCACCACCAGUUGGCGCGACGGACGCCUCUUCAACGCCAUCAUCCAUCGGCACAAGCCGGCGCUGAUCGACAUGAGCCGAGUGCUGCGGCAGAGUAACCUGGAGAACCUGGAGCAGGCGUUCGCCGCCGCCGAGCGCGACCUGGGGGUGACGCGCCUGCUCGACCCCGAAGACGUGGACGUUCCUCAGCCGGACGAGAAGUCCAUCAUCACCUACGUUUCGUCGCUGUACGACGCAAUGCCGCGCGUGCCG